CAGCGAAUUCCCAUUUCUGAAGUAUGGCUGGUGCUCUACUUUCUGCUAUCGUGGAGCGGCUUGGUUCUUUCAUUUCUUCAGAGUUCAAGUUGACAGUAACUGUUAAGGAAGAAGUCCAAGAGCUUGAAACCAAAUUCCGUACCAUUCAGGCAGUGCUCAAUGAUGCUGAGAAGAGGCAGCUGAAGGAGGAAGAUGUGAAGCUUUGGUUAGAUAAGCUCGAAGGCGUAUCGUACGAGAUCGACUACAUGUUGGAUGAGUGGAACACUGUCAUGAUCAAAGCAGAGAUUGAGAAACAACAAAAAGAAUUCGAAGAAAAAGAAAAAGCUGAAACUAGUACUGCUAAGAAGAGGAAGGUAUGGCCCCUCAUCUCCUACUUCAAUUUCUCAGUUCCUAAUCUUUUACCGCAUCGUGAUAUUGCUCAUAAGAUACAAGAACUUAACGAAAAUUUAGAUGAGACUUACAAAGAGAGGGAGAUGUACGGGUUUGAAUUGAGUAGGCCCAUUCAAGAAGUAAUUGAGAGACCAAAAACUACUUCUUAUGUUGAUGUGUCUGAAAUUCUUGGUCGUGAUAAGGUUAAGAAUGAUCUAGUGAGCGCCCUAUUGGGCAAGGGUACUGAAAAAGAUAAACACCCCCAUGUAAUCUCUUUGGUGGGCAUGGGCGGUAUUGGAAAAACUACUCUUGCCCAAUUAGCCUACAAUGAUCAGGAGGUGCAAGCCCAUUUUGAGAUAAAAGUGUGGGUUUGUGUUUCGAAUCCUUUCGAUCAGUGCAAGGUUGCCAAAGAAAUCCUUGAAUCUAUUGAACGUCGAUCCUCCAACUUGACUGCAUUGCAAAGUCUAUUGGAUAGAAUUUGUGAUAAAGUUGGGUGAAAGAAGUUUUUUCUUGUCUUUGAUGAUGUGUGGACUAAAGACUUUGUAAUGUGGAAGCCAUUCAGAGAUGCACUCAAAAAUUGUGGUUCCCAAAGUAGUAGAAUUCUAGUCACCACACGUAAAGACCAAGUUGCAAAGAUGAUGGAAAGUGCAAAUACAAUCCAGUUGGAGGACUUGUCUGAGGAAGAUUGUUGGUUGGUGUUUAGUAAAAUAGCAUUUUCUGAUAAGGAUCGUCAGCAAUGUGAGCAACUAGAAGACUUUGGCAAACAAAUAUCAAAGAAGUGCAAAGGCUUGCCCCUUGCAGCAAGGACUCUAGGGAGUCUCAUGCGCUUAAAGAAAAGUAAAGAAGAUUGGAAGAAUGUUUUGAAUAGCAAUUUGUGGGAAUUAGAAGUUGUUGAAAAAGGUCUUUUUGCACCAUUGUUAUUGAGUUACUAUGAUUUAUCAUCACCACUGAAAUGGUGUUUCUCAUAUUGUGUUGUCUUUCCAAAAACUCAUGUUUUUUAUGUUGAUGAGUUGGUAUAUAUGUGGACAGCACAUGGAUUUGUUGAGUCAAGGGAAAAUAUGGAGGUGGAAAUCAUGGCACGAGAAUACUUAGAAAAUUUAGUCAUUCGCUCUUUCUUCCAAGAAUGCAAGGAAUAUAAACGGUUUGGCACAAGAUACAAAAUGCAUGAUAUAGUGCAUGACUUUGCACAAUCAAUUACUGAAGCUCACCAUUUGGGAUAUUCAAGAAGGUCCCAAUUUCCUCCGUCUACUAAUAGAUCCAAAAAUCUACGCACUGUCAUCUUUUUUAAUCAUAAUGAUUAUAAUAUAUCCAAUUUAGUCCAGAAUUUUAGCCGUUUACAGGUAUUAACUUUGCACUGCAUGAUGGAACUUCCGGAUACAAUAGGAAAUUUAAUACAUUUAAGGUAUCUUGAUUUGUAUGAGUGCAAAGAAUAUGUUUCUUUUCGCAAAUGUGAAAUGCCUGAAACUAUAUGUAAUCUAUGCAAUUUACAAUUUUUGAGGCUUGGUGAGUCUAUGAGUUCACCCAAAAUAUUACCACAGGAAAUAGGAAAAUUAAUUAACUUAAGACUUCUUAUUGUAUAUAAUUUAGUGAUUCCAAGAGGGAUUGGAAGAUUGACUUCUCUUAGAACAUUAAAUAGUGUCCUCAUAAGUGAUGAGGAUAGCAAAGGAAGUAAACUUGAAGAAUUAAAAAAUUUGAACCAUCUUCGUGAUUUGUAUCUAUCUUUUAAUGAAGGGUUUGAUCCGAUUGCCUUAGCUCCGAAUGAUAGAAGAAUUGUGAGUAAUGUAUUAAGUUUAAAUGCGUUAAAGCCACCUCAAGAAUUGUGAGAUGUUACGCAUUAGUUAUUACCGGGGCACCACAAUGUCUCCUAUUUGGUUGGCAUCUUUAACCAAUUUGAAAGAGCUUUGUCUCUAUUACGCCACAGAGUUAAUGAGUUUGCCUUCUUUGGGGAUGAUUCCGUGCCUCGAAUCAUUAACUAUAUCGUUCGCGCAGAGAUUGAAAAAAGUUGGAGUUGAUUUUUUGGGAAUAGAAUCUGAAAACAAGAAAGAAGACAUGAAAAUAUUCCCAAAUUUGAAAUAUCUCGAAUUCUUUGGUUUGGGCGAGUGGGAAGAAUGGAUUGGAGGAACGAGAGAAGGAGGAAAAGAAGACGAAGACUGUAUUACUAUAAUGCCGCGUCUUCAAAAGUUGACAAUUCACUACUGCAGAAAGUUAAAGUCGUUGCUGGAUUUCCUGCGUACAACUCCAUUGAAGGAAUUGGAGAUUGGUGACUGUCCAAUUAUCAAGAAACGUUGUCGAAGAGAGACAUGAGAGGACUGGCGCAACAUUUCUCACAUCCCAAUCAUCAAAUUAACUGACACUCCAUUCCCUACGUUGCGGUAAACAAACAAUGACCUUCCGUAAUAUUAUCAAAUUCUGGCAAAACUCACAACGACACUGUCAGCAAUGGUUUUCUGAAGGG